GGAGUGAGAGGAGGGGGGGUCCACACGCUGCCGCGCAUCGGGACCAUGCAGACCACCAUGCAGACCACCUCCAGGACGCUCGGCGGGGCGCUGCUCUGCGCGCUGCUGCUGCUCUGCGGAGCCUCCGAGUCCGAAGAGGAGCUGAGCCCCAGAGCCCUGCGGGACUUCUACCCCCAAGGGCCGAACCUCACGAGCGAGAAGCAGCUGCUCGGAGCUCUCCAGGAAGUUCUCGAGAAGCUGCAGGCGAAACGACUUCCUUCAUGGGAAAAGAAGUUUGGCCAAGUUCCAACGUGUGACGUCGGGGAGCAGUGCGCCGUGAGGAAAGGCGCGCGCAUCGGCAAGAUGUGCGACUGUCCCCGGGGAGCCUUCUGCAACUUCUUCCUGCUGAAGUGCUUAUGAGCCUCGAGAUGGAGAGAAGGAGGAGAAGGAGGAGAAGAAGAAGGAGGAGAACAACUCUAUUCCUAGUCGUAUAUUUUUAUGAUACAGCUGAGGAGCAGGUUUGGUGACGGGCCAACUCUUGUGGUAUGAUUUAAAUAUAUAUAUAUAUAUAUAUAUAUAUAUAUAUAUAUAUAUAUAUAUAUAUAUAUA